AUGGAAAAAUGUCGGUUCGAUUCGAUGUUGUUUAGGAGGGGGUUAGAAUACAGGUGUGGGUUAAGUAAAUCAAUGGAUAGUUUUGGUGGUCCUAUUGAAAAUGAAAAUACCAGUGUAAAUAAAGAUCCGAUUAUAAAUCAUAUGAAUAAAAAAAUUCCUAAUGGGAUUGAGAGUAACAAUUAUAGUUACAGUAAUGUUGAUCAUUUAGUCGGCGUCAGGAGGUACAUUCGAAAUUUCAUAUCUGAUCAAACUUUUUUCUUUAGGGAUAGUAAUAGGGACCAUUACUCCAUAUAUUUUGAUAUUGAAAAUCGAAUUUUUGAGACUGACACCGAUCGUUCUUUUCUAAGUGCACCAAAAAGUUCUUUUUAUAGUUAUCAGAAUUCUAGUUAUCCGAAUAAUGUAUCUAAGAGUGACGAUCCUCACUAUUAUCGUUACAUGUAUGAUACUAAAUAUAGUUGGAAUAAUCACAUUACUAGUUGCAUUGACAGUUAUCUUCGUUCUCAAAUCAGUACUGAUCGUUAUAUUUUAAGUAGUAGUGUCAAUUCCAAUGACAGUUACAUUUAUAGUUACAUUCGUGGCGAAAGCGAUAAGAGUAGUAAAAGCGGGAGUUCCAGUAUACGAACCAGUACGGAUGAUAGUGCAAAAACUCUAAGAAAAAGAGAGUUCGAGAGAGCUCUAACUGAAAUAAGAAAAAGAAAAAGGGAUUUAGAGAGAGCUCUAACUCAACUAAAAGAAAACAAAUUAAAAUUAAAUAAAAUUUUAAAAGAAAACAAAUUAAAGAAAGCUCUAGCUGAAAUAAGAGAAAGAAAAAAUGAUUUAGCGUUUUCUCUAAAUCAAAUACAAAUAAGAGACAGAAAAAGUGAUUUAGAGAUAACUAAAAAAUACAAAUAUUUGUGGGUGCAAUGCGAAAAUUGUUAUGGAUUAAAUUAUAAGAAAUUUUUUAAAUUUCAAAUGAAUAUUUGUGAACAUUGUGGACGUCAUUUGAAAAUGACUAGUUCAGAUAGAAUCGAAAGUUCGGUUGAUCCAGGUACUUGGGAGCCUCUGGAUGAAGACAUGGUCUCUAGGGAUCCCAUAAAAUUUCAUUCGCGGGAGGAACCUUAUAAAGAUCGUAUUGAUUUUAAUCAAAGAACGACAGGAUUAACUGAUGCUGUUCAAACAGGCAUAGGUCGACUAAAUGGUAUUCCUGUAGCAAUCGGGGUUAUGGAUUUUCAGUUUAUGGGGGGUAGUAUGGGAUCGGUAGUGGGCGAGAAAAUCACACGUUUGAUCGAACAUGCUACCAAUAAAUUUUUACCUCUUAUUCUAGUGUGUGCUUCUGGAGGAGCACGUAUGCAAGAAGGAAGUUUGAGCUUGAUGCAAAUGGCUAAAAUAUCUUCUGCUUUAUAUUAUUAUCAAUCAAAUAAUAAGUUAUUCUAUGUAUCAAUCCUUUCAUCUCCUACUACGGGUGGGGUGACAGCUAGUUUUGGUAUGUUGGGAGAUAUCAUUAUUGCCGAACCAAAUGCCUACGUUGCAUUUGCGGGUAAAAGAGUAAUUGAACAAACAUUGAAUAAGACAGUACCCGAGGGUGCACAAGCGGCUGAAUAUUUAUUCCAUAAGGGCUUAUUCGAUCCAAUCGUACCACGUAAUCCUUUAAAAGGCGUUCUGAGUGAGUUAUUUCAGCUCCAUGCUUUCUUUCCUUUGAAUCGAAAAAUGAAAUCAAAAAUAAAAUUAAGGAGAGCCAUAUAUCCUUAUCCUUAA